AUGGGUACCAUUCAAUAUUACAAAGAAAUAUAUUCGUUAUUUCAGUCCGGUUUAAGCGAUCUGGUAGUUGAAGAUCGUUUAAAAGUAAUUGAGCACAGGUUCUCAGGAUCCAGUGGUGAUGCCAUAUUAGAGCUCGAUAACCCAUAUACCGGAAUGACACUUAAUGUGGUGUGGCAACAGGGGGUUUUAAAUGGAAGCGCGACGAUUGCUGACCAAUCUGGAAGGAAGAUAUGCGAGUUCACUUACAGAGAUUUCUCUCCGUGUGGACCUUGCACUUUUUAUAAGGAUAAUUCGAUUCUAUGCUCUCUAAAUGUUUUAAACGGAUGUUAUUACGGCACCUGCAAAUUUUACAAAGACUCUGUCCUUCUCUAUGAGGGCGAUUAUUUCCAUGGGGACGUCAAUGGUUCCGGUACUCUAUACUAUCCUAAUGGUUCUGCGCUUUAUGAAGGGAACUUUAAGUAUGGACUUGCUGAUGGAGUUGGGACGUAUCACACGCCAGACGGAAAAGCGAUCCAUUCUGCAGAAUGGAAGAGUGGAUUAUGUGCAAAAGUGUCGAAGACCAUCUCUCUCCCCAAGUAUGUCAUAUGUCCGAAUCAAGUUCUGUCGAGAGCCGCCUACUCAAUGGAGCUCAUGGCAAUUCGUGGUGAUGCAGACAGCAACUCGAUGGGGAUGUCUUCUGAAAAUACGUCUCUCAAUCUGGAUGAAAUUUAUGUGAAGUCGCAAGGUCGAUUGGCAGCCGUCCUGCAGCAGCAGGCUGUAGAUUUCAAUGCCAGCGAAGACAUUGAGGAACUCCCUGUCAUCACCGCAGACGGUAAGAUACUUAAGAACGCUGCUCGGAAUCGCCCUGUGAGCAAAAAGCAACAAUCGCAGCUAUUUAUGGCGCCUGGGAUACUUCCUCCAAGUCUGGUUGUGGAAGACUUUUCGGUUAUGAAGUUGAUCUUUAAGCAGCCAUCCGACUGUCCCGCACCUCCUCCGUUUAGGGGCAGUAAGGUGAAGAAGGUCAUUAAGUCGGAUAUGGAUUGGAAAACUGUUGAUUCCACUGUCACGAACCUAGAGAUCGAAUCAAAUUGCAUGACUGGCAAUGGUAUGAGUUUCCUGAAGGCUUCGAAUCUCACCUCGCUGAAGACAAUUCACUUUAAGGACAGCAGCGCGUCCUCGAUUGAGUGCGUGACGAUUCGGAACAAUCCCUAUCUUACCGAUCUCACUGUCGGAAAUAACUGCUUUUCUUCCUUCUUCGACCCCAACCAAAAUCUCUAUCUUGCUCUGGAGGGAGAGACUCCAAGAAUCUUUUGCGUUAUGCUCAAUUACUCGCUAGAGCAUAUCUCGAUAGGGAGGUAUUCUUUUACGAGAUACUCCACAUUCACCCUAGCACGUUGCUCUAAAAACUCUCCAUCACGAAUAGUGCUUCCCAAUCUCACGACUCUUUCCAUCGGAGAGUGUAAUGACAGUACGGCCAUGGAGGACGGAUCCUUCUGCUUUUCAUUCACAAAAAGCUUCACUCUGAGUGAUUUGCCCAAACUCAUUUCCGUUAAAAUAGGAAAUUAUUGUUUCUCCAAAGUCUGGAAUGUGUCACUCAAGAAUUUGCCCUCGCUAAAUUAUCUAUUGUUGAGUAACUCCGUGUUUAAGGGAGACUAUGCUUGUGACGAAUGUUUUAUGAGUUGGGAAAAUCUUCCUGCCUUGACUACUCUCAUCAUGAAGAAGGAUGUAUGCUCACUGAUGAGUUUGGUUCAGAUGACAAAUUGCUUCCUAUCAAAGAAGCCAUUGAACUUUGAUAUUCAUGAAGUAUUCGGAAUGUCUACCAAACUAAGAGCAAAAGGAUGUCGGGAAGAUGCGAUCAAGAUUAUCAAAAGUAAUAUUUCGAUUCUCUUAUUUUUUUGUUGGAACCAUGCUCCAUCAGAGUUUUCCACUGGGUUAUUUGGGUUUACAGGAAUCAAUGUACCGUUCGAUUGCGUGAUAUUCGCGGAAACAAGUAAAAAGAAUAUAGAACGAGCAAGGAAGGCAUUGUAUCGUUUUUCGCCUCAUAUAGUUAGUGUUCGUCGUGUGCAACAAAUAGACUUCAUUUCGAACACUUUAGAUAAAGUACACGUUGUCGUGCUGUAUAAGGUAGUCAAUGAAUACACUUAG